UCGUUAGCGUCCGUAGUCCAGUCGGCACGAGCACUACGGUCGUAUCCGUUUAAAUUUCGCGCGUCGUCCGGGUAUAUUCGAAAUAAUAAUAAUAUAUCGUGUGUGUAGGUGUGUUAGGUAUGUCCAUUUAUAAGCGCAAAAUUAAUAAUAAUAAUAUUAUAUUAUAAUCGAGAUACCCGCGAGUCGCGUUACACCGUGCAAAUCGUACCGAAUAUAUAAUAUACUAGGUAUAAUAUUACAAUAAUAAAAUAUUCGUCGGUGGCACACUUUUCUGACGGUAACAGUAGCGAUUUGUCUUUCCCGUUCGGACGCGAAUUAGUACAUAAAUAUAGGGGAAAAAAGAAGAGGGAAAACCUGUUGUUUUCCUUUUUAGUUUUCCGUAGCUGUUACAUCAAUAUAAUAUAAAUUUUUUUCCUCCGCCACCGGUCGGAAAACCUCAGCUAGGUCACCAUAAUCGCGUUCAAUACACUCGCGCAAACUUCUUCGCAGUCACUCGCACCUCCGACGUCGCCGCCCACACGCUGCGGACUCAUGGAAGUCACACGGUCAUCACUGUGGGCCCUGCUCGCGUUUGCUACCAUCCUGCAACUAGCCCGAACUCAGUCUUCCAAGCCAAACAUCGUUUUCAUUUUGGCUGACGAUUUGGGAUGGAACGACUUGAGUUUUCACGGUUCCGACGAGAUCCCGACACCUAACAUUGAUGCACUGGCAUUCAACGGUAUUGUGCUGAACAAUCUAUACACUCAACCGGUUUGCACGCCGUCUCGGGUGGCUCUAAUGACUGGAAAGUAUCCCAUUAAAUUAGGUAUGCAAGGUCCUCCGACUUAUGGUGCCGAACCGAACGGCUUGCCGCUGUCCGAGAAACUGUUACCGGAAUACCUCAGAGAAUUGGGGUAUACGACUCGAGCAAUUGGCAAAUGGCACUUGGGUUUCUACAAACAAGCCUAUACACCAACACGGCGAGGUUUCGACUCGCACUUUGGCUAUUACACCGGAUACGUCAGUUACUACGACUACCUACUUCAAGAUGUCUACCAAAAUUUCGGCGAAUUCCAAGGGUUUGACAUGCGACGAAACGACACCAUCGCAUGGGAUGUGGUCGGCAAGUACGCCACGGACGUGUUCACCGACGAGGCAGUGCGAUUGAUCAAGGAACAGCCGGCCAACCAGCCACUGUUCAUGUAUCUAGCACACGUGGCCGUCCACACGGGUAACAGGGGUAAGUAUUUGGAGGCACCACAGUCUGAAGUCAACAAGUUUAAUCACAUUUUGGAUCCGAACCGCCGAAUUUACGCAGCAAUGGUAUCGAAACUAGACGAGUCUGUGGGUCGAGUAGUGGAGGCGCUAACAGAAAAGAAAAUGCUGCAGAACACUAUAAUCGUGUUCAUGUCAGAUAACGGUUCGCCGUCGUUCGAUGGUUCCGGUCGGAAUUUCAGACCCGAAGCCGGUGUAACAGCCAACUGGGGUUCCAAUUUCCCGUACAGAGGCAUAAAGAACACGUUGUGGGAAGGUGGCGUUAAGAGCGCCUCAUUUAUCUGGGCUCCAUAUUUCCAGGAAAAUCCUCGAGUUUCCAAACAGCUCAUGCACAUUACCGAUUGGUUGCCGACGUUAUAUUCAGCUGCAGGUGGAAACCCAGGAUUUUUACCGAAAAAUCUGGAUGGAGUCGACCAAUGGACAUCUCUCACAUUAAAUUUACCAUCUCAGCGUAAUUUUGUUCUACUCAAUAUAGACGAAAAACAGCGUUAUGCAGGUAUUCUCAAAGACAACUGGAAAUUAAUCGUUGGUUCGACAGCGAACGGGACACUGGACGGGUUCUUCGGGGCGACCAGACCGCGGACCCCGUAUAACGCAACCGCGGUUCUGUACAGCCCGGCCGGCCGCGCACUCACCAAACUUUCGGACUCGCUGCCGUUCGCCACCGCCGGCUUUGGACCGAUGAGCAGCGUCCGCGAACUGUUGGCCAUGCGGUACGAGUCGACAAUCCGGUGCAACCCGUCGGCGGCGGGGCCUCGUACCCAGUCGCCGUGUCCGGCUGGCGAGGCGUGCCUGUUCGACCUGGUGGCCGACCCUUGCGAGACCAACAACGUGGCCAAGAAGUACGUGGCCGUCAGUGGGCAGCUGUACGAGGCGCUCAAGUACUACAGGCGGCUGCUGGUGCCGCAGACCAACCGGCCGUUCGACCCUGCCGCCAACCCAGCCCGGUUCAACAACACGUGGUCCACUUGGAUGUACUGACCGACCCAACGUAUACGUGGCUGUGAAUCGAAUGCACUAUAUCUAUUAAUGGUUCCCUUAAGACAGAUUCCGGUGUAUAUCCAGUAUCCACUAAAAUAUGCGACUCACAUUAAAAAUAAGCAUCGAGUCUUACUAGUCUAAAACGAACUAAAAUCAUUUCUAUAUGUUCAUAUAUUUUAUUCGAGUUUGAUCAAAAUUUGUUUUACACUAUAUUUGGUACCUACAGUAAUCAUUACCUAGUGCAUAAUAUUUAAACAAGAUAAAUAUUAAAUUUUUUUUAAAUCCAAAUUGUGUAGGUAUUUUCGCGUGUAUUUUUAUAACACAAAUGUAUUAAGUGCAUGCUUAUUUAACAGUGUUUAAUGCAUUCGAUUCACAGCCCUUAGUGUGGUCAGUAUUCAUCAUACACUAUGGGUAACGCUACUGUCGAUUAGAUAUAGUAAAUUAAUUAAUUAGGUGUCGAAAACAGUAGGUAUAUCUGCUGUGUUCAGUAAUUAGUUGAAAAAUAUAAUUUAACAUCCUCAAAGUAAUAUUUACAACUUUGCAAGUGACUUUGCGUCAGUACCACUUUUAUAGAUACUAUGUCAUUGUUGUACGAUUACCUACUACCCACACAUUAUAGUGACAUCAUAAAACUAUCGUAAGAAACAACCCUUAAUAAUUUCUGCACAUUUUCAGACGAGAUAAAUAAUUCGUUUCUUUCUACGCAAAAACUGUUUUUUUUUAAAUCGAUUAUUAUUAUCACUAUAAUUACAUAAUCUUCAAAAAUUCCAAAUAAUACCAGAUAGACAAUUAUAUUAACAACCAAAAUAUGAAACAAACUAAACGGUUAUUGUUACUGCGCUGUACAGAAAAAGUUGUUAUCCACCUCCUCACAUUUUAGGUGUCUGUUUUCGGUGAAAUAAUAAGUGCGUAGUGUCCUCAUGAGAAUCGUAUAGUUAAACAUUGCUAUAGGUUCUAAUUAAUGUAGUUGUAAUAAGUAUAUUUUUAUUUUGUAUAAUUUAUUAAUAUUACAUGUCCCUAUAUUUAUUGUACUGCAUGUUGGAUAAAAUAUGUAUUAAUCAUACUUUUGAAUGUUUAUAUUGAUGUUUAACUUAAUAUAAAUAAGUAGGUAGGUACUAUCAAACAAAAGAUACAACAAAAUACGUCAUAACUUACCUAAACAAUUUAUUCUGUCAUUCAAUUUUGUAUGAAAUAUCAUUAAGAAGAAUUGAAAUUUUCAAUUAUUUAUUUAGUAGGUGCUGUUUUUGAUAUAUUCAUUAUAUAUUUAAUAUAUAUACAUUUUAUAUUUGAUGAUAAAUACACAUGUGCCUAUAUACACGCUAAUAUAACUAGUAGGCAGAUAGAUAGAUGAUUCAAGACUGCAACCCUAUUACGAUAUAAUGUAUAUACACAUAAUAUUAUACUAUAGGUAAUAAUUGCAGAGUGCAGACUAUAGUUUAAAUUCCCAAUCAUGCAAAUUAAAUAUUAUUAUUAUUAUUUUAUUUUUUAAUUAAGAAUAGAGGCUUCAACCAAUAGGUCAUUAGCCUAUUAGGUUCAGGCCACUAUAUGCUCAUUCAUAAAUUAUUCAUUCGUUAGAAAGCCUUGAUACUUAUUUAUAUUAUUCCAAAUAAAUUAUUUCACAAGGAAAUACCUCUACCGGGAUGUUUUUUCACUCUGUUUUCCAUGUCAUUAUUUUAUUUAUUAUCAUCAAAUAAGGUUAUUGUUCAAACAGAUAGAAAAAAUCCUACGGAAAAAUUAGGUAACUAAUAAAAUAUAAAUCCUAUGGUCUAAAGUUUAAAUUCUAAACUGUAAGGUCUUGACUCGAAUAAUUAUUCACUUUUAAUAUUAUAUAAUUUUACUUUUAAUUUAAUGUUUUAUUUAAGUAUAAUAACUUUAAGCGGUAGUGUCAUUUUUUUUUUGUUUUAAAGAACUGACAAAUUGUUACACGUAAUAACUAUUAAUGUAUUUAUGCAAUUUUUGAUAAAUUUAUACUAUUUAUAUUUAUAUUAUAAUUUAUAAUAACGGCACUAUAUUUAUUAUGGUAAUUUAAACCUGUAUGUUAGUCAGUAUGAUGCAAAAUUAAAGGAAUUACGUUUAUUGUGAUGACGAAA